CUCACACCACAUUCGCCCCUCCCCCCUCCCAUCCCCGCACGGCGCACGCGCAUGCAAACGGCCAACACAAGCUCUCUCGCAAGCAUCGCAAGCGAGCUCACUAGCCCCCUCUAGUUCGCACACCCAAGCUCGCUCACUCGCAAUCCAGCUCGCUCGCAAGCCCGCCGCCGCGACCAUCGAACUCACCCACAAUCAACCCCCAAACGCCAAAUAUCAACCCCCAGUAUCAACCAUCAACCCCCAAACCCACCAUCACCACAAUAAUGACAGGCCCCCCCACCGGCCCCCCCUCUGGCCCCACCGGCUCUACCUCGACCUCCGCCGCCUCCCCGCCAGCCGUACCCACAAACCCCCGCCGGCUGACCACAAUCGACUACGAAACGCUCGACCGGCGCUACACGAUCGCAGUGAACCUCGAGUGCUGGGAGCUGAUGGCUAUGCACUCUAUUGCCAAUAACGAGUCGAUUCCGCGGCUGCGGUUGAAGAUGCUCAAGGCCUUUGCCGGGCUGCCGACUGAUGAUGCGGGCACCGACGGGCCGUUUAGGAGGCGCGGGUGGGCGGCGCCUGCCGCGAGACGGGAUUGACCAUACGGUUUAGUGAUCGGGAGUGAUUCGGUUUCUUUCAUACGAUACGAUCCGAUUUCAGUGAUCGUCGUCGUCCUGUUUGUUUGUUUCAUACGGGUUGUUUCAUACCAAUUUGUAGUUUCGUAGCCUUCAAUGGUUCAGUUCACAUUACAUGCGCGCGCGAGCGAGGGUCAAAAGAUACGAUACGAU